UGUAACAAUGGGACUACUUUAAAUCACCGGCCAUACGGCACAUGUUUGCAUUGAUAAGCUGUAACUAUACCCGUGAAGAGUAUGCGCAAUUUAGUUUACCAACGAUCAUUGAUAACAAAAGUUUAAAUGUGCAAACAUAUGGCAGCCAGAAACAGUUGUUCUGAUGUAGUUUCUACGAAACAGAAGAAGGAGGGUUCCAAACCCACACCGCUUGCUUUGGGAAUAAGUACCCUGAAACCGAAAUACCCGCAGUAUGCACUGGCGUCGCGAAGAACUGCGUCUUUCACGGCCGCUUCAACGCCUUGGCCAGCUGAUGCACAUGUCAAAGUGGAAGAUCUGGUGGAUGCAGGCUUAGUUUAUACAGGUGUACAGGACAGUGUUCGCUGCUACCACUGCGGUGGAGGGCUCCGAAACUGGGAACCCGGGGACGACCCAAUGGUUGAGCACGCCAAAUGGUACCCGGCCUGUCAUCAUGUACUCAUUACAAAGGAGAAAAUGUUUUUCAGGAAAGUGGAGGACGGAGACAAUCCAGAGGAUGACACGCCUUCAAUGGCCCACACGCGAAGAUAACAGCUGCUGAUAUUGCAUCUAUAUUGCUGGAAGCGGAAGGCGACCCCAAUUUCUUUUUAAGUUUCGGUGUAGACAUUUCUGAACACGGUUGCUCCACUGAAGAAGAUGAAGGUGUACAGGACAGAGCUCGCUGCUACUACUGCGGUGGAGGGCUCCGAAACUGGGAACCCGGGGACGACCCAAUGGUUGAGCACGCCAAAUGGUACCCGGCCUGUCAUCAUGUACUCAUUACAAAGGGGAAAAUGUUUUUCAGGAAAGUGGAGGACGGAGAUAAUCCAGAGGAUGACACGCCUUCAAUGACAGAAGAUGUCAGAAGUGAUUCUUUGAAUUCUGCAGUGCAAGCUGUAAUAGAAAAUGGAUAUCCAAAAGAAGAUGCCAUGAGAGCCAUUUCUGUGAUUCGAAUUAAGAAUGGCCCACACGCGAAGAUAACAGCUGCUGAUAUUGCAUCUAUAUUGCUCGAAGCGGAAGACGACCCCAAUUUCUUUUUAAGUUUCGGUGUAGACAAUUCUGAACACGGUUGCUCCACUGAAGAAGAUGAAGGUAUAAGUGAGAGAGAAACCAUGGAAGAGGAGAACCAGAAACUGAAAAGAUUGAUUAUAUGUCAGAUCUGUUUGCACAAUGAACAUGACACUGUUUUUCGGCCAUGUGGUCAUCUGGUUGUAUGCAAAGACUGCGCAUCCGUUCUGAACACGUGCAAUAGUUGUGGGAAAAGUAUCGAGGACAAGAUCCAAAUUAAGCGGUCUUAAGCAACUUUUUUACGAACUUUAUUGAGAUUAAUCAUCCUAUCAUUUGUUGUUGUUUUUACUGAAGAGUAUUAUGAUUCUGUGUUUCAAAUGUAAAAUAUUGUUACACAGGGAUGUAUGUAUAUUUUUAUUCAAGAGAUUAUAGUCAAUGUGGAAGGAAAUGCAUUCCUUCCUGAGUCUGUUAUGCCAGGGCCAUAUUUAUUAUUUUAUUUAUUUAUUCGGUCAAAACAGAGGUUUUUUACAACUUUUACAAUGUUGUCACGUACUGUCACUAGAGUCACAUUGACCGUAUGCAUAAUUUUUACUCUUACUUUUGUUUUGUUUUACAGUAUUAUUUACAUUUGAAUUUAAUUUAUGAACUUGAAUUCUUGAAUAGAGUGUAUA